GUGAAGUUUUUUGCAGUGAUGAUUUAGUAGUAAUGAAUGAUGAUGAUGGGCUAAAGAUUUACCUUCCUCAGAGUAUGACAGCACAGUUUACUACCAUGAGGUUAAAAUUUGGUCAAACUUUUUUGAAGGUAGAGAAAUGCAUCAAGGAAAAGUCUCCAGCACAUGAAGAUAUCAAAAAUAUUUUGAGUUAUUCUUUGGAAGAUUUAGAAUGUCAAAUAGCUCAGUGUCAAAGCAUUAAUAGCAUUUUAAAGUUAAUCAGAGAUAAAAGUUCCCUGAAUGAUAUUAGUAUGUUGGAGUUUUUUGUAACCGAGCUAAAUAUACAAAAAGCUAAAGGUGUCAUUCAGGAAUAUAAUGAAGCAAUAACAGAAUUUAGUGAAACAAAACUCAGUCAAUGCUUGCACGAAAGGUUUUCAUAUACUUCAGCACUUCCUUGCGAGAGGAUUACCAUUGUUGUUGAUGAAGAUGUUGCAGAUAGGACAAUAAAAGAUAUCAAGAAAUUGUCAAAAAGUAUCUUCAAAAAGUUGUCACCGCAUGUCAAAUUGAAUGUUGUUAGAGAUGGUAAUUCCUUCACUAUCACUUGUUCUUUCCCUUUGAUUCUAUCUGAGCAGUUAAUUACAGCUGCUCUUAAUAAUAUUGAUGUAUUGAAAGAAAAUAAAGUGAAGAGAUUAACCAUUGGAUACUGUACUGUGUAUGAGGUACUAGAAAUUGAUGACACUUCCCCUUCUGCUACGAUAGAAUUAUAUGAACAUCAGCGUACCUCAUCAUUAUCAACUAGUAGCGGUUUAAUGAAACAAUUGAUGCUGUCAUUGAGUGUACAACUGAUUAAUAGUAAAGAGGAGGUUACUACUUUUAAUGAA